UAAGCGGAAGUGUUGUAACCCCCUUAAGGACAGGACACCACUGAACGCGGUAGUAGCAGAAGCCACGGGGUGACAAAGCCGGGAAAAGAUUUAAACUGAGCAACAAUGGAGCAAAUCAGGUCUGCGUUUAACAGAGUGAUAAACAGUGAGCAUUACAGCAGGUUCACUCUUCAGCCGGCAGAAGAUGGAGAAAGACACGUUGAGGUCAAACUGUCUGAAGACAGCACAGAAACUGAUGAUGGGCAGGCAGGAGGCUCUCCAAGCUUCAGGCCGGCGCCACCUCACCAAAGCAGACGCACCAUUUGUUACUGGAUCCUGGCCACGAUUUUGAUUUUUAUCAUUGGGUACAUGUUUGGCUUCAUCAGUCAAAAACCCAAGACACAGACGACAGGCUGUGACCUACAGCUGUCAGUGGAAAACCAAACCAGUAAGAUCCCGGUCCAAGUCCCUCCAGUUGUUGUUCCUGUAGCUCCCAAUUCUCAGAUGGACUGGGCAGACGUUACCAAACUCUUCACUCAGAAACUUAGCAGCCAGGCCUUCGACAAAACUCUCAGUGAAUUUGACCAGCCAAAGCGUCCAGCAGGGAGUGACGAGGAUACGAGCAUGGCAAACCGCAUAUUAAGUGAGUUCAAGACACUUCAGAUGGCUCCAUGGAUCGACAUCCACUACAUUCAGCUGCAGAAGCCUGACAGCACUCGUCCAAACCGGGUCUUUUUUGGUCCUGAUGUCUUCGAGCCAAAGGGCUAUCUGGCAUACAGCGCUCCUAAAAGGGUCCAGGGGAAGCUGGUGUACGGCAACUACGGCCGUCAGAAGGAUCUGGAUUUCCUGAAGAAGAAGAGCAUUGAGCUGGAAGGCAGCGUGCUGCUGCUGCGGGCGGGGAACAUCACUUUUGCAGAGCAGGUGAAUAUUGCUGCCGCAAACGGAGCUGCUGCUGUCCUAAUCUACCCUGACAUUCAGGAUUUCAAGUAUGUCGCGGACACUGAGCUCUACGGACAUGUCCAUAUGGGCUCUGGAGACCCCUACACCCCUGGAUUUCCUUCAUUCAACCACACACAGUUCCCCCCGACUAAGUCAUCUGGCCUCCCUGAAAUCCCAGCUCAGACUAUCACUGCAAACAUGGCUUUAUCUAUGCUACAGAGAAUCGGCGGUCCUGAAGCAGAUGCAGGCAGUGGUUUUGAAGGUGGCUUGGAAUCCGUCACGUACAGACUCGGAGGCACUGAGAAUGUCACCGUAGAGGUGAACAACGUGCUCGUCAACACUGAGAUCCACAACGUGUUUGGAGUCAUCAAAGGAUUCACUGAUCCUGAUCGCUACGUUGUUCUGGGAGCUCAGAGAGACGCCUGGGGUCGAGGUUAUGCCAGAGCUGCAGUUGGCAGUGCUGUUCUGUUAGAGCUGGCCAAGGCUUUUCAGGAGAUGGUGGAGAAAGAUGGCUUCAGGCCCAGAAGGAGUCUUGUGUUUGCAAGCUGGAGUGCUGGAGAGUAUGGAAGUGUUGGCGCCACUGAGUGGUUAGAGGGUUACAUGUCCUCAAUUGACAAACGUGCCUUCACCUACAUAAACCUGGACGGUGUUGUCAUGGGUCGUGGGAGCUUUAUAGCUUCAUCAAGUCCACUUCUCUACAGCCUCCUGGAAAGCACCAUGAAGCAGGUGAAAAGUCCUAUCGGUUCUGGCUCUCUGUAUGAUUUGGUUGGAAAAUCUGCCUGGCAAGCUAAUGUGCUGAGGCCCAUGUCCAUGGACGACUCUGCUUAUCCCUUCCUGGCUUCAUCUGGAAUUCCCUCCGUCUCUUUCCACUUCAUUUCCCCAGAUACGGAGAAAUACAUUUAUUACGGCACCAACCUGGACAACCUAGAUCACCUCAACUACCAGACCAGCUAUCGCACUGGAGAGAUCACAGCAUUGGCGGCGGAGUUUGCCGGUCGUAUGGCCCUCAGACUUGUCCACGACCAUCUUCUCAGACUGAACCCGAGCCAGUACAGUAAAGUCGUCCUACAGGCCGUGAUCAAAGUCUACAAACGCAUCAACCAGCUCAAAAUGUCUGGCCAGCUUAAGGAUGUGACUCCCACCUGGUUGAACCAAGCCCACGGCUCCUUCCAGCGAGCAGCUGCAGCCAUCAGUAACACCAUCGACAACACUGACCUGAGCGACCCGGAAGCCUGUCGAAUCAUCAACGACAGGAUCAUGACGGUUGAGCACUCCCUCCUCUCUCCAUACGUCUCUCCCACUAAAUCCCCCUUCCGUCACAUCCUGCUGGGUCAGGGCUCCCACACUAUUGCCUCCAUCGCAGACAUCACAGACAUGCAGCAGCUCCACACUGAGCUGGCUCUGGCUACCUGGACCCUGCAGGGAUGUGCCGACGCCAUGAUGGGAAACAUCUGGGACAUCGAUAACGAAAUCUAAAGGAAAGGGAUGGGAUUUAGAUGACAGGGUGUCUUUGUUUGGAGGUGAGGCAUAGAGAAUGAGCUCCAAUAUUAGCACUUAAGCACAAGCUGUCAACCAGAGGUUCAAACGGCACCUUUUGAAAACAAGCUUAUAAUUACAUAUUUUUGGCUUCAAUCCCUCGAAAGAUUUAGGAGGAGGUUUAAAUUGAGCCAAAUCAAUACUUGAAGAAAUCGACAGCUGCUGACAAAGAAUCUUUUAGCCUCUGCUUUUGACCUCUUGCCACCAAAUCACUGAGAAACCUUAUUUAUACUUAACGUUUUUAUCAGUGGCAGUGUCCACUAUAAGAACUAUUGUUUUGUCUUUUUAUACGACGUUAUCGGAAGCAGUGCCUUCCAUAAUUAUGACGGUUAUACUGUCUCAUCCUACAGCAGCAUCUGCUACAGAAAUGACUCCUCAACUGUUGCUGACAAAAUAGAGCCCUUAGAGAAGUUACGUAUUUAUUUGUCACAGCCUUCAUUUCUUCCUUCAUAAGCAGAUUGAUACAGAUCGAAAUGAGGAUUAAUUCUCUCUAAAAUAUCAAUGAAGAGUUACUAGGACAGGCAAUUCAUGCAAUUUUAUUUAAAUGGAAGACUUUAGCCUCCACAGGUGAUGAAAAGGAUGGAUUGUAAAAAAAAGAGAUGCUAUUGAUUAGUCUCCAAUAGAGCCCUCUGACUUGAAGACUCUGCCCCUAAAUUCACCAGGAUUCAGGAAGCUGGUAUACGACAACUUCUAAGCUGCUAAAGGUUAGAUCAACUGCUAAUUUAUCCACGUGUCCAGUUCUAACUUCUACUGAAAAGGUGGAAAAAUGAGAUGUUCUCAUUCUCUGUGACCGGAUAUAUGUUUAGUUUUCAGUUAGGGCUGAACGAUUUGGGAAAAUAAUCUAAUUGCAGUUUUUUAAAGUUCCUUAUAUACCAACAAACACAAGCAGUAAAUCAUUCUAUAUUAUAAGCAGAGCAAUAUUAGAUAAAACUAGAGCUGAUCAGUGUUAAAACUAUGUAAUUGUGAUGAUUUUGACUCGUAUUGCAAAUUGGGAAGGAAUUGAUGUAUUGAAGGAGUUAUAAUUUUUACGUCUUCCUCUUAUUUAGUCAGAAAAUCGUACAAAAAAGUGCAAAAAACUGCCUGUGGAUAAUUGCAUGAUAUGUAGUGAACGACAUCUCUGCUGCUGCUGCAAAAAAAAAUGGAAACUGGUGUUUUGGAACAAAUUUUAGGUUAAAGAAAUAUUGCACCUUCGCCAUUUGAAAAUUGCAGCAGGCCAUAUUGCAAUUUAAUCUAAUUUUUAAUUAUUUUCCCAGCCCUGUUUUCAAUUUAUUGUCUGUCCUAUAGCCUGUACUAAUAAGCAAAGUCAGUAUAAACAGGAUCGUUUCCACAUGUUUCUAAAAUAAACAUCAAAACAUAAUUUCCUCGUGGAAAGUUUGCCCAUGUUCACAACUUUACAGCCACACAGCUUUAAUAAUUUUACAUUAGAGGAUGAUAUAAGCAAACAACAGUGAUUAUUAAUACAAAUUGUUUUCAUGGUUGUCCUUCUACCCUCUCUUGUGAAGCGUUUUAAGCUCUUGAAUCAGUAUUAUUUACCCGUCAGUGGGUGAUGCUGUUAUAAAGAUUGAUGUCUUACCUUGAACAUUGACUUGUGGAAAAUAAACCACCUUUUUAGUCAUAAAUUUCCUGAAUUUCACCUGUAGUUACCUCACUAA